GUUAGUGUUGUGAUAAUACUUUUCUCACACCAUUGGACUGGCUUUGGGAUGGUCACCAAAGAUAAUCGUAGUACAAAAUUUGUUGAUUAACUUUAGCAAGGUCACGACAUGCCGCUUGUAACAAUGGGCCCUUACUAGACAUGCUGCUAUUGCAGCGAAUACUGAGAGAAAGAAAGCAAAUUUAGCAACAACAAAAGUCUAUCAAUAUAAAAUCGGCAAGGAUAAUCCGAUACAGUAUCAGUUAGUCGUUACUCAUUCACCUGUGAACAUUGCAAAAAUCUAUAUUUUCUGAAAAUGACUUGCAAGAUCAUUUCAGCAGUGGUUCUGAUCGCCUGCGUUGUGGCCGCCGUCGCACAACACCAUCUUCAUCACGAGGAGGAACACCAUGGGCCGGUUCACUACGAGUUCCAUUAUGACGUCCAUGAUGACCACACCGGAGAUGUCCACGGGCGUAAGGAAGCUCGCAAGGAUGAUCAGACACAGGGAGAGUACUAUUUGAUCGACGCCGAUGGCUACAAGCGUACCGUAACUUAUCACGUCGAUGGUAAGAGCGGAUUCAUUGCUGAAGUUCACCGGGAACCAAUCAAGGGACACCAGUCUCCACAGCAAGUGCACAAGAUUUUGGCAGCGCCCAUCCAUAAGGUUUUGGCUGUUCCAGUUCAUCACGAGCAUCAUUACUAGUCAGUCAAUCGAUGAUUAUAUUUAUGACCACUGUUUUUAAGUUUAAGUAGUU